AUGGAUGAAAGAGAGGCUUCUUCGCGCAAUGAUGGCCUUGUCGUCAUUCACGUAGCUUUGUUCCGGAUGGCAACGGCCUCCUUGGCCGAGGCCUACAGAAUCCUUGGAUACAAAGUUCACCACGGUUUAGAAGACACGCUGGGGAUGCCCUGGACCCAGUUGGAGCAUGCGGCGGAGGCUACUUGGCCUACAGCUCCAGGGGCACAUCCCCGGCCGCGCCGUACGCGCUGCGAUUGGGACAAUCUUUGGGGGUCUCACUACGACAUCGCAACAGAUAUGGCUUCACCUUUUGCGGAUCAGUUAAUUGAAGCAUAUCCUAACGCCAAGGUAGUCGUUAUCCAGCGUGAGUUCGACGCCUGGUGGGCCAGUUAUAGAUCUGAGCUCUUGGACACCCUCUUUUCUCCAGUGCAACAGGUUGUCGUCUUUCUCUUAUCCCAUGUUAUGGGUAUCCGGGCUGGCGACGCUAUGCGCAAGAUUCACUUUGGAUUCUUCGCAGCACAGAACAGACCAGAAAUCGAAGCCAAUGCACGUCAAGGCUACGACAGGUACUAUAAGAAAGUUCGACAGAUGGUCCCUCCUGAAAAAAGGUUGGAAUACUGCUUAGGCGACGGUUGGGAGCCACUUUGUGCGUUUCUUGGGAAGGAGAUCCCUAAAGUGCCUUUCCCGCGGAAGAAUACCCGAGCGUCUCACAAUAAAGGGGAGAUGGGAAGAAAAUGGACCAUUUUUACCUCAUCGGCAAAGAUCGCCGCACCAUGGGCCCUAAGCGCUAUAGCAGCAGCGGGUAUUGCAUGGUAUGUUCACGGUUCUUGGUAG